AUGCAACCCCCUCUACCCUCCAUCACGCCGACUUGGCGCAACGACACCUACGAUGCCAUCUCGCCCUCGCGUCCAGAGUUGAGCGCAGCGGGGAAGACUGUCAUCGUGGCAGGCGCAGGGAGUGGAAUCGGCCGAGAGACCGCUUUAGCCUUUGCUUCCGCCGGGGCGGCCCGAGUCAUUCUCCUUGGUCGCACUGUGGCCGCCAUAGCCGAGACGGCCGCGUCCCUGCCGUCUUCGGUACAGAGUGAUGUGCACGCUGUGGAUAUCACCAACGAGGAGGCGUUGAUCAAGGUCGCAGCGGCGAUUGGAAAGUGGGACGUCCUAAUUCUGAACGCUGGAUACGUGUCCAGCCCGUCGGCUGUCGCAGAGUCGACCAGUGACGAGUGGUGGCAAAGCUUCGAGACGAACACCAAGGGGACAUACCUCGUUACCAAGGCAUUCCUCCCAACGGCUAACCCAACGCACGCUUCCCUUGUGGCCCUUACGACUGGUACGACGGCACUGCCGGCGGUUGCGUUGCCGGGCUUGUCCGCAUACAUGGCAUCCAAGCUAGCCCAAACCAAAAUUAUCGAGUUCCUGGCGGCGGAAAACCCGAACAUCUUCGCGGCCACCCUUCAUCCGGGCAUGGUCGAGACGGACAUAUUCAAAAAGAGUGGCGCCAAGGCCGAGGCCCUCCCAAUGGAUAAAGUACAACUCCCUGCCCACUUCACGGUCUGGUUGACCAGCCCCGAGGCGGCGUUCCUGAACGGUCGUACUGUUUGGGCGAACUGGGAUGUUGACGAGCUCAAGAAGGGUGCCGAGGCCAUUCAGUCCGGUCAGCUGCUGACAAGCGGCAUCAACGGUUGGCCUUACACUAGUCUUGCGUGA